CCAUCUCCCAUUCCCAUAUCCUCUCCAAUUUUCCUGCAGAACUGAGUCUGAACUAAUUAUUAAAAAAAUGAGUGGCCGUUCCUUCCUUUUCUGCAACCUCUCUCGGCCAUCAAUACUUGUGAGGCCUUGGACGCCAUAUUUUCUGUACAACCCCAUCAAGAGAAACAAGGGAAGUAGCGCGGAGAAAGAGAAUGAAGGGCUUGCAAUAGAUCAGGAGAGAGCUUCUUCAACAGCUGAUGAGUUCAAAAGAGUUGCAAAGGAGAAGGAAAAGGCUGAAGAGGCAACGCGUGUCGCAGAAGAUCAAGGCAUUACUAGUCAAACUGGUGAAAAGACAAUCGACGGCGCAGAAGAGGCUUCUGGAGAUUCUAAUAUCGAAUCUGUUAAAAACAGGUAUAAGAAGCAUGAACUGGGUGCUAAUUCUGGUAGAACAGGUUGAUUAAUUAGUGAGUUCUGCACAUCAAGACUUAAAGUUAUAUAUAUAUAUAUAUAUAUAUAUUAAUAAAGAUGGAUGAUUAUCUAUAUUGUACAUAUAGUAGCUAUUAUUUUCACCGAAAAAAUUACAAAUAAGAGAGUUGUUUGCUUUUUUUUUUUAAAAAAAAUUUGGAU